CGCUGUUAUUAACUGUAGGUCCAGCUUCACGUGUUUUAAAUUUCGUUAGUCUAUUCGCUUGGUUGUGCUUAUUUUUCAGAAAAAUGGCUUUAAAACGUUUAAAAACAAAAAAAUCAAAACGCCAGACAGGACGGUUGAAGCACAAAAUUGAGAAAAAAGUACGUGAACACAAUAGAAAGAUACGUCGCGAGGCUAAGAAGAAUCCCAAAAAAGGCAGUAAAAAACAGAAGUUGAUACAGAUACCAAACAUAUGUCCAUUUAAAGAAGAUAUACUUAAGGAUGUGGAAGAGGCUAAGAAGCGUCAGGAAGAAGAACGACAAAAGCGACGUGAAGCCUAUAAACAAGAGCGUGACCAAAACAAAUUUAAAACAUUGGAAGCACUUGCGGGCGAUGCCGAUAUGCGUGGUAACGUGCACUCAGUUUUUCAUGAAAACGAUCAAAUAGUUGAUGAAAAACAGUAUAAAAGUGCUAGCACAAAGGAGCAAUCUUUAAAGCAAUAUUUUAAGGAAUUCAAAAAGGUGUUAGAAAAUGCUGAUGUUGUUUUGGAGGUGGUAGAUGCUCGUGAUCCACUUGGUACACGCUGUAAUGAGGUAGAACGUGCUGUGCGUGCAGCAACAGGCAACAAACGCCUUGUGCUUGUUUUAAAUAAAGCAGAUUUAGUGCCUAAAGAAAAUCUAAAUAAUUGGUUAAAAUAUUUCCGUCGUUUGGGACCUGUAACAGCUUUUAAAGCAUCCACACAAGAUCAGACCUCGAAAUUGGGACGUCGAAAACUGCAUCAGAUGAAGACCGAUAAAGCUAUGCAAGGAUCAGUUUGUGUUGGCGCUGAAUUAUUAAUGUCUAUGCUUGGAAAUUAUUGUAGAAAUAAGGGUAUCAAAACAUCAAUUCGUGUUGGUGUUGUAGGUAUUCCAAAUGUAGGCAAGAGUUCUAUUAUAAAUUCAUUAACACGCGGCAAAACUUGCUCCGUUGGCUGCACACCGGGUGUUACAAAGGCUAUGCAAGAAGUUGAACUGGAUUCAAAAAUAAAACUUAUAGAUUGCCCGGGUAUUGUGUUUGCAAACUCUUCCAAAACUGAUAUACCAGUCGUCCUCAAGAAUGCUCAACGCGUUGGAGAUGUUAAAGAUCCUUUCACCAUAGCAGAAAGUGUUUUGAAACGUGCUAGUAAAGAAUAUUUUUGCAAAUUAUAUGAUUUAACUGGCUACGACACCUUUGAGGAAUUCUUCGCCAAAAAAGCUGCACGUAUGGGUAAAUUCUUGAAAAAAGGAGUACCGGACGUUGUAGCAGCUGCUCGUAGUGUUCUCAAUGAUUGGAAUACAGGAAAAAUAAAAUAUUGUACUCAACCACCAGAAAUUCAUAGUACAAAUGAUGUACACGUAAGCGCUUCAAUAGUCCAUGAAGAAGCCAGGGAAUUUGAUGUGGAUAACUUUGAAGCUAUGGAAACAGAUAUUCUUGAUAAUUGCGAUGUUAAACUGGAAGAUGUAAUGGAAAUUGCCACAGCGGGUCCUGUUGAAUAUAAACCGCCAAUGGAUGACGAUGACGACGAUGAUGAUGAUGAUGGUGAAAAAGUCGAAGACACGCAAAAAACCAUUAUUGAUGAAAAGGAACUACCAAAUAAAAGCAGAAAGAGAAAGAUGGAUGAAAGUGAAAAAAAAGAAAAACCUGAUCCAGCUAUGAGCUUAAAAGGUAAUCAAACUAUCAACAAAAAUAUCAAACAGAAUUUGAAAAAGAAGAAGAAACAAAAUGUGCGUAAUGAGAAAAAGGUUUCACAUAUAUCCGACGUCCUGGAUAACUUCAGCCUAAACACUGCGCAUGAUAAUGACGAUAAAUAUGAUUUUGAUGAAGACUACGUCAUAGAGUAGUAAAUUUGGGUUUCGUCUUCAUUAUAGCUGUAAAUUGUUGAUAGAAUUAAUAAAUUUAAGUUUAAUCAAAAAU